AUUUAUAAGAAAGAAUUCACAGUUUUUUCGGUUCUUCGAUUUCUCCGCUCUCCACACUCUCUAUAUCUGCAUUUCGGUUGAUUUGAUUAUUUCUGUGUAAUUCUUCUUCCAUUGUCAAGGAGCUCUGCUGUUUUUUCUCUCUGAUUUUCUCGGAAAAUGUCUGCGAUACUCCAAGGAGCUGGAGCUGCCACUGCUCUGUCGCCGUUUAAUUCCGUUGAUUCUAAGAAACUCGCAGCUUCUCGCAGAUCGCUUCCAGUGAGGGUCGGAGGAUAUAUUGUGGCUCGAUCUGGUGUGAGUAAGAGCUUCCCUUCUGGGCUCAGAGUUCGCCGGUCUGAGCAAUUGAUCGCAAAUGCUGUUGCGACAAAAGCGGAUGGUGCUGCGAGUUCUACCUCGUCGAAACCCGGGCAUGAACUAUUGCUCUUCGAGGCCCUCCAGGAAGGUCUCGAAGAAGAGAUGGAGAGAGAUGCCCGUGUAUGUGUUAUGGGGGAAGACGUAGGCCACUAUGGAGGCUCAUACAAAGUGACCAAAGACUUGGCUAAAAAAUUCGGUGACCUUAGGGUUCUCGACACCCCGAUUUGCGAAAACGCGUUCACGGGAAUGGGCAUCGGAGCUGCCAUGACAGGUCUGAGACCCGUGGUCGAGGGUAUGAACAUGGGAUUUCUCCUCCUGGCCUUCAACCAGAUCUCCAACAACUGCGGGAUGCUUCACUACACAUCCGGCGGCCAAUUCACCAUCCCGAUCGUAAUCCGUGGACCCGGCGGAGUAGGACGCCAGCUCGGGGCUGAGCACUCGCAGAGACUGGAAUCAUACUUCCAGUCCAUCCCGGGAAUCCAAAUGGUCGCCUGCUCGACCCCUUACAACGCCAAAGGCCUAAUGAAAGCGGCGAUAAGAAGCGAGAAUCCCGUGAUUCUCUUCGAGCACGUCCUUCUCUACAACCUAAAGGAGAGAAUCCCGGACGAGGAAUACGUAUGUAACCUCGAAGAAGCCGAGAUGGUAAGACCCGGAGAACACGUGACCAUCCUAACGUACUCGCGGAUGAGGUACCAUGUAAUGCAGGCUGCAAAGACACUAGUGAACAAAGGGUUCGACCCCGAGGUCAUCGACAUCAGGUCGCUGAAGCCGUUUGAUCUUUACACGAUCGGGAACUCGGUCAAGAAGACUCAUCGGGUUCUGAUUGUUGAGGAGUGCAUGAGAACGGGAGGGAUCGGGGCGAGUUUAACCGCCGCCAUCAACGAGAAUUUCCAUGACUACUUGGACGCUCCGGUGGUUUGCUUGUCGUCUCAGGACGUCCCGACACCUUACGCCGGGACCCUCGAGGAAUGGACGGUCGUCCAGCCCGCUCAGAUCGUCACCGCCGUCGAACAGCUCUGCCUGUGAUUUUCUUUUUCUGCGUUUGCGUUUUGGUCUCCAAUCUCGCGUUUCUUUGUUGUCAUUGCCCGUGGAGUUGUUUUCUGUGGACUCGGUAAGCAUUUUCUCCUUUUCAUCUUCUCUCUUAUAAGUGUUUGCUCACUCUCUCAGUUUAGUUGUUUAUUUAUUUUCUUCAUUAUAAAAACUAAAUUUUCAUCAUAA